AUGCACAGGCCUACGAAGUCUUUCCUUAUUUGUCUGUUUCUAACCCUGUGCAAUGGUUUCUCGAUGGGCUGUAGAUGGAUGGAUGAUCACAAAUUCAUACAACACAGUGAGACCUUACUGAACUUACUCAAUAUUAUGGGUGGGGAGUUUACUACAGACAGUGUGGGCACACCCUUCCCAGAGGACCUGUACAAGCAAGCUGAAUAUUCACCAACUGAAGAUAAAAUGUGGUUCAUCCUCCAAACCAUUGACGAGAUCGCUGAACUGUUCGAUGGAGAACAUGACUCUGUCUGGGAUGAGAAGAAAGUGGAGAUCUUCCUCAAUGUUCUCACCAGUCAGGCUGAUGGCCUUCAGUCAUGUGUUACGGCCCAGAAAAAAAAGAGCAAGAAUCUGCAUAUGUACUUCAAGAGGCUGAACAACCACGUCCUUAAAAGAAUGGCAUACAGUGCUCAUGCAUGGGAGCUGGUCAGGAAAGAGGCCAGGAGACAUCUGAGGAGGCUGGUUCUUCUGGGUUCAGCUACAGAAAACAGCACCUAAACUCAGAGCAAC